CCGCUGUUAUAAUGUUUUGGUACAAAUCCAACGUUACGCACACACUGUCUCACUGAAUUUCAUGCUACAUGGAAUAGAAGAAUCAUUUGCAUUCUCCUCAUUAUCAACCUUAAUAUAUGGUACAUGAGCAGACUGAUAAGCGGUUUUUAGUAUAUCAUGAAUUCGCACGAGAUGAGCAGAACUCUCUUAAUUUUGGCAAUAGGAAUAUGCAUAGGCUUUAUGGUUGGAGCUGGUUUGGUGUUUUCAGUUUUAGUCUUCUGCAGGUCUGGAAGGAAGCGUGUAGAUGUGGAGAAGAGCGGUCCUCUGAGAACCGAGGCCAUUAAUGUUCAUGGCAAAGGGGCUGAUUCCAGUGUAACAUCGUUAUCAGACUCCAAUGCGACUUUUGAGUCACCAAGAACAUCGGAAUGGAGUAACACAUCUUUCUGGUUAGAAGGACUUAGGAGGAAAAAUGCUGUCUCAGUAUGCGGAAUUCCCAAAUAUUCUUACAAAGAUAUAGAAAAGGCUACUUCUAAUUUCACAACGAUCAUAGGCCAUGGAGCAUUCGGUCCUGUUUACAAAGCAAUCAUGCCUACAGGCGAGGCAGUUGCGGUUAAAGUUCUUGGUGCUAAUUCAAGACAAGGGGAACAGGAAUUUUUAACCGAGGUCCUAUUACUUGGAAGAUUACAUCAUAAGAAUCUUGUGGGUUUGGUGGGAUAUGCAGCAGAAAGAGGACGACACAUGCUUCUUUACAUUUAUAUGAUCAACGGUAGUCUUGCUUCUCAUUUGUAUGGCGAAAAUCAUGAGCCAUUGAGCUGGAAUAUGAGACUUGGCAUAGCACUAGACGUUGCAAGGGUGAUGGAAUAUCUACAUUAUUCGGCCGAUCCUCCUAUUGUGCACCGUGACAUCAAAUCUUCCAACAUUCUGUUGGACAAGUAUAUGAAAGCCAAGGUCACCGACUUUGGGCUUUCCAGACCAGAAAUGAUUAAACCUCGUCUGUCAAAUGUCAGAGGAACUUUUGGAUAUCUUGAUCCCGAGUAUAUCUCUACAAGAACAUUCACUAAGAAAAGUGACGUUUAUAGUUUUGGUGUGCUACUGUUUGAGCUUAUUACCGGCAGGAAUCCACAGCAGGGUCUCAUGGAAUAUGUAAAACUAGCUGCCAUGGAAAGUGAGGACAAGAUUGCAUGGGAAGAAAUUGUAGAUCCGCAACUGAAUGGAAACUAUGAUGUGCAUAAGCUUAAUGACAUGGCUUCACUUGCACUCAAAUGCGUCAAUGGAGUCUCCAAAACCCGACCUUCAAUGAGGAACAUUGUUCAAGCAUUAUCUCAACUUUAUAAGAAGCCUAAGAGAAAUUCUAGCCAAGCAGCUCCUUCUGCGUUAAAUGAAGUGUCUAUUGAAGUGGAGCAGCCAGAAACUCGUGACUUUUCUAUUGAGUGCUCAGAGGAGCUGCGCAGAUUGCACAGCCGAUAAUCAUUGGAGUGUGUCAGUGUUCUCCGAUAUUUAAAUCAUGUAUCAUCUUUUAAUUUUGUUUCUGGAUGAGUUUUGAGUACUGUGUAUAAUGUGGUACUACAGAAUGGGGUGUCUUUUGCUGUGAAAAGAUUGGGGGAUGGUGGGCAACAGAGGAAAAACUCUCUUUUUCCAGACACAUGUUUAUAUGUCCAUGUUCCUAAACAUUAUGUUCAUGUGGUCCAUAAUUUUUCUUCUGAUUUUACGUCAAUGAUUUCAUAUGUUGCAUUAGUCAUGAGGAGGCUUAGUCUCCAUUUCUUACUCCAGCCAUAUUAGAGUAGCAGGCUUGUGGAAAGAGCGCGCGCGCACACACACCCACAUGUUGAUAAUGAGAGUUGAUAUUUUUUAUUUUAUUUUGCUAAUAUUCCC